AUGGCGGACCCAAGCUCAGAAUCGGGCUAUAGCAACUACAGCACGGCUGAGCUGAUUGAGCGCAUCUCGGCGUUGGAGCGACAACUCCGCGAGCAAACUGCGCGGGUGUCUUCGCUCAGUGGAAGUGAUGGCAAAUCUACAUCUAUAUCAACAUCUACUUCAGACGCAAGAGCAACCACUUCCACCUCCAACGCAGCUCCAAAUCCACAAUCACAAGCACAAUCACAAGCACAAUCACAAGCACAAUCACAAGCACAAUCACAAGCACGGUCACGAGCAAGGUCACGCUCCGCAUCACCCUCCAGACGCGCCCAACCAUUCGAUCCCAGCAAGUACACGACCCGCCACAUCGCGUUGAAAUUCGCAUACCUCGGCGGCCGGUACAACGGGUACGAGCACGCGAAUGGGAACGUGGCGCCCCUACCUACGAUCGAGGAAGUAUUGUGGAAAGCACUCUGCAAGGCCCGACUGAUCAGUCCGCCCGUGGCCGAGGGGGCGGACCAAUCCACAGAUGUGGUGUGGGAGAAACACAGGCGGCUUUUGCUGUAUACGGACGGCAAGAGUGGAGGGAAAGACGAGGCGAAAGGGAAAAUCAGGCUGGAUGUCAAUUGGGACGGGUGUCAAUACAGCAAAUGUGGGAGAACGGAUAGAGGCGUGAGCGCGUUCGGACAGGUCGUUGGGAUCCGGGUGCGGAGUAAUCGGCCUAUCGAAAAGGGAAAACCACGACGACAAGAAUCACAGUCCAAAUCUUCGACGUCUACAGCGACAACAAAUACCGUCCCGCCGGACGGCCAGUCGGAGUUAGAUGAUCAAGAUGCGCUUAUGAUGCCGAUGCCCUCGAUUGACGUGGAAGAUCUGGAAGCCGAGUCCUAUGCCAGACCGUUUGAUCCGAUCAAGGAUGAACUCCCGUACGCAAACAUCCUCAAUGCCAUCUUACCGCCGGAUAUCCGUGUGCUCGCUUGGUGUCCGGACCCGCCGCCGAACUUUGACGCGCGCUUCUCCUGCCGUCAACGGCGGUACAAGUAUUUCUUCACGAAUCCGGCGUUCUGUCCUACUCCCGGCCCGAGGGGUCUGAGAUCUACCUCUGCUGUUGCGGAGGGGGACGAAAAGCAAAGCCAGAUCAGAGAAGGGUGGCUGGACAUCGAGAAGAUGCGCGAGGCCGCAAAGAAGUUGGAGGGAUUGCAUGAUUUUCGUAAUCUGUGCAAGAUCGACCCGAGCAAACAGAUGCCUAGCUGUGAGCGGAGAAUCACGUAUGCCGACAUUGUCGAGUGGGAGGAUACGGGCAAGAUGUUCUCGUCGCACCCGGCGCUGAAUCAGACUGGCGCCAGUAGCUCGGGACUGGACAGUGCGUCUAAUUCCAACGGUCUGAAUGUUGCCGCUUUGCUUGGAAAAGGGGACGCAUAUUCGUCAUCCCCGUCGCCCACUGUGGCUGGGGUUGGAGGUGCAAGUGGACCUAAAGUCUAUGCUUUCUGUGUCCAUGGAUCUGCGUUUUUAUGGCACCAAGUCCGAUGCAUGGUUGCAAUAUUGUUCCUUGUAGGCCAGGGACUGGAGCAACCGAGUAUCGUUGACGACUUACUCGAUGUCGAGAAGACUCCCACAAGACCGAUGUACGAGAUGGCCGACGACGCCCCGUUGGUGUUGUGGGACUGUAUCUUCCCGGACAAUACCGAUGGGAACGGGGAAAACGAUAUGAUGACCGACUCGCUCAAUUGGAUUUAUGUGGGCGAUGAAGCCGGCCUCGCUGCACUCGGGGGUAAGGGCGAUGGCAAAUUCGGGCCUAAUGGCAUCGCCGAGGACUUGUGGGGACAGUGGAGAGAAGCCAAGAUGCAAGAAGUCCUGGCUGGUAGCCUGCUUGAUCUCGUCAUCGCCCAGGGUGACGGUUGUGCGUUGACCCGUGAGCGUGGCGGCGGCCGUGGCAGUCAGAAGGUCUUUGAUGGCGGCAGCGUUGCUAGGCUUGCGGGUCGCUAUGUGCCGGUGAUGAAAAAGCCCAGGAUGGACGCCUUACAUGUGCAGAAUGCUAGGUGGCUGAAUGGGCGGAAGAUGAGGCGCGAUGCUAAGGCUCGGGAGGCAGUAGAAGCACAGGAACGGACGAACGGAGCAGCCGAUGCCACAGCCGGGAUUCCCACCGAACAGGACGAGUAG